AUAAGAUAUCUCUUCUACUGCAUGGGCCAUCAACACCUCAAGACUUGAACUCAGAAGUCCCCAAAUUUACGAGCUUCGAUUUCAACUUUCAACUUUCAAUAAGGCCUUGUUUUGAAGAUUCCAUGGAGAAAACAACCCAUAUAGCCGUUGUUCCCAGUCCAGGUUUUAGCCAUCUGAUUCCUAUUCUUGAAUUCUCCAAGCGACUUGUUCAUCUUCACCGAGAUUUUCAUGUCACAUUCAUCAUCCCCUCGCUAGAAUCUCCUCCUCCUUCCUCCAUAGCCUACCUUCAAAAUCUUCCUUCAAACAUCCAAUCCAUUUUUCUUCCUCCUAUCUCCAAACAAGACCUGCCACAAGAUUCGCACCUAGCAAUACAAAUUCAAGUCACAGUGACCAAAUCUUUGCCAUCUUUAUGGAAUGAGUUGAAGUCCUUGAAUUCCAGAUCUCCGUUGGCUGCCAUAGUUUCAGACUCUUUUGCAUCCGAGGUACUAGGUUUCGCAAAGGAGCUCAAUGCUUUGUCUUUUCUUUACUACCCCUCGAAUGCUUCAAUGCUUUCCUUCUGCCUCUAUCUCCCAACCCUCCACGAAGAGAUUUCUGGUGAGUUCAGAGACGUACCAGAACCUAUCCAGAUCCCAGGUUGUCUCCCACUUCAAGGUAGCGAUCUCCCAGACCCGGUUGAAAAUCGAUCCAAUGAAUAUUACAAAAUGUUUCUCCAACGAAGCAAGAGAUGGUUAUCUACUGUUGAUGGGCUAUUGGUUAACAGCUUCAAGGAGAUGGAAGAAGUUGCUAUAAGAACCUUCACACAGAAAGAAAGCAGUUAUCCACCCGUCUAUCCGGUCGGACCCAUCACUCGAGCCGGGUCAGACAGUGAAGAAAACGGGUCAGAGUGCCUAAAGUGGUUGGAGAAUCAGCCACCUAACUCUGUUCUAUAUGUUUCUUUUGGAAGUGGUGGGACCUUAUCUCAAGAACAAAUCAACGAGUUGGCUUUUGGCUUGGAACUGAGUGGCCAGAGGUUCUUAUGGGUUCUUAGAGCACCAAGUAAGUCGGUGAAUGCUGCUUACCUUGGUUCUACAAAUCAGAAUCCUUUAGAUUUCUUACCAGAAGGCUUCUUUGAGAGAACCAAACAGCAAGGUUUUGUUAUUCCCUCAUGGGCACCUCAGAUUUCAAUCCUUAGCCAUAGUUCCAUUGGUGGGUUCUUGUGUCACUGUGGCUGGAACUCAAUUCUUGAGAGCGUACAGAAGGGUGUGCCAAUAAUAGCGUGGCCACUUUAUGCAGAGCAAAAAAUGAAUGCUGUUUUGUUAACUGAUGGUCUUAAGGUUGCUUUGAGGCCUAAAGUGAAUGAAAAUGGCAUAGUAGAGAGGGAGGAGAUUGCUAAAUUGGUUGAGAGUUUGAUGGAAGGCGAAAAGAGUGAAGCGAUUCGCAAGAGAAUGAAAGAUUUAAAAAUUGCUGCUGCGAAUGCAGUAAAAGAAGAUGGUUCUUCUACAACGACACUAUCUCAAGUGGCACUCAGAUGGAAAACUUUAAAUGGGGUACAAUAAAAUCCUAUGCCUGUUUACUUAGUUUAUUAGAUUUUGUACUGGUUUAUAAACUUUUCUUUGUAAAUUAAAUUGGCUUCCUCUGUUAAAAGUACCCGUCUUACAAUUGUUAAUAUAAUAAGUUUAAAUGUUAAUAACAAGUGUAUUGUGGAAGUUGAUACUAGUUAAUAUAUGUCACGGUGGUUAUUAAUAUAGCUAGUGAUAAAUCCCUAUUUUAUA